CCACACGGGUAAUCACUAUAAUCAUACUCUUUUAUGUUUGUCUUUUAUCUAACUAAAUCCAAUAUAUUGUGUAGGUUGCACUUGCUCUCGAAGUACCUAAAAAUUCCAUCACGCCUUCUUUAAGAUGGAUAGCUCACGAACCUUCUCCAGAUGUGGCCACUUAUUCUGGUUACAUAAUUAAUGGUUAUUACUAUCACACAAAAAGGCGUGAUGAUAUUAGGAGAGUUCAAAAUAGUGGAGUUAGUAUAACCGCUACUACGAUGCAAGUAUCUAGUUCUAUGGACAAAAACCCUGUCAUGUCUGAUAUGACGUUUUAUGGUGUAAUACGAGAGAUAUGGGAGAUUGAUUACCAUCAAUUAUCUUUUAUUUUAUUUAAGUGUAAUUGGGUUGACAAUAGAAGUGGAGUCAAAGUGGACGAGCUUGGGUUUACCAUCGUCGAUCUCAAACGUAUUGGACAUAAAUCAGACUCAUUUAUUUUAGCCACUCAAGCAAAACAAGUAUUCUAUGUCCAAGAUUCUAUGAAUCCUGAAUGGUCGGUAGUUUUAACAUCUCCACAAAGAACUAUUGAAGAAGAUUUCUUUGAAGAUGAAAUAGGAGAUAUGCUUCAAGAGUGUGGUUAUGAAACCAUUAAAAGGAUGCCCAAUGUUGAUACACCUAAUGAGACUGAUGAUACAAAUUCAACUUAUAUUAGACAUGAUUGUGAGGGUAGAUGGGUAGAGAAAGGUAUGUCAUUACUUUGCUUUAUAAUGUAUUUAUGUUUAAGUUCGUAACAUAAUUGUUAUGCUUAUGUAUGUUGACCUUGCUUACUAAUCUAUUUCCGUUUUUUGCAGAUUCAUAGGUGGAGGAUAGCAAUGAGGAUGAAAGAGAAAUGCUUCCAGAAGUAAGAAAGAAAUCAUUUGUUCCACGUGGGCCAACUACUAUGUCUGAAUUGGCCUUAGUGAGAAAUUCUGGGCAAAAGUUGUCCAUUCAAUUUAAUGAACACGGGCAACCUGUUGGAGCCACGUCUAAGAAAUUGCAAAGUUACAUUGGUGUGUGCGUUCGACAACAGAUUCCUAUCACAUACAACUCUUGGAAAGAAGUUCCGAAUGAGCUAAAAGAUAAAAUCUAUGAUUGUAUAUCAAUGUCGUUCGAUUUACAACCCAAUGCUAAACAUUCUAUAUUUAUGUCUGCAUCAAGAAAGUUCCGAACGUUCAAGACCACGUUAACUCAGAAGUAUAUACUUCCAUCUAAGGAUCAACCAUCACUCUUGCAGUUUCCUCCCAAAAUCUAUUCUCAUAUAAAUCAAGAAGAUUGGGAAUCGUUUGUGGAUGCUAGACUAAGUGAAGAGUGGGAGGAUUAUAGUCGUAUUCAAAGGGAAAGAAGGUCGAAAUGCGUAUACAAUCACCACAUGUCACGUAAGAGAUAUGCUAAUCUUGCUUAUGAACUAGUGAGUAUUUCUAAUUAAAUUGAAGAAUUUAUCUUAAUAUGUUGUUGUUAAUUAAAUAUCUAUCUUUUGU